CCAGGACUUGUCUUUCAAAGGUAUUCGCUUACGGUGCGUCCUCUGUCUCGAAUAUCCAGUAACGGAAUCUCGAGUAGAUUCCAAACAGUCAGCAAUUUGCACUAGCCUGGCAAUGCUUUGACAGCUCCCUCGGGCCAUGGGCAGGAAAUAGGGCGGGGCUGGAGUGCUGCUCGGCGCUGGUUGGUCGGACGUCGCGCGCGCAUUAUACAGCGGUUAGUAUCGUCUGCUACAUGACCAGUAAAGAUAGCGAAACCGACUAUCGUCUGCUCCAUGACUUCACAGGAGGUGGCCAGUAAAGAGAUAAUUAUUAUCAAGAUUACUAAUAUUGGUUGGAAUUCCCACAUUCAAAACUGGUUUUAAGAAGAUUAUGUCAGAGUAAAUAAACACUAAUUUCUUUUGGUAAUGCUGAGGAUAGUGUUUUGUGUGUAAGAAACACAAAUUUCUUUCUAUAAUGCUGGAGAUAGUGUUUUGUGUAUAACAACCACACAUUUAUUUCUAUAAUCCUGGAGAUAGUGUUUUGCGUAUGGCAACCACACAUUUCUUUCUAUAAUCCUGGAGAUAGUGUUUCGUGUAUAACAGCCACAAUUUUCUUUCUAUAAUCCUGGAGAUAGUGUUUUGCGUGUAAUGAUCACCAUAAUGAGCACGGAUGUUCUACGAUAAUUCAAGAGGAUAUAAUUAUGACUAGAAUGGGAAAUUUCAUGUUCUUGGAACGGUGCUGUUGCCAGUACGUAUGGCCAUUAUUGUUAUUCUUUAUCGUCUGUGAGGCCAGGCUUAUUAAUGCUCAGAGAGAGUGUCAAAGAAUAUCGUUUUCUAGUUGUAGCAGAACCAUUAUAAAUGGGACGUCUUUUCCAAACAUCUACGGCCACGCCUCACAGGAGAAAGUUCACGAAUCGAUCUCGCCUUUACUCGACUCCCUGUCGAAAAACUGUCCAUUUUUUACUCAUUUUCUGUGUUCAGUAUUUUUGCCCCCUUGCCCUGAGAAUGUUCAGAAUGGUGCCCAGGUACUGACUGUACCUUGUCGCAAUCAAUGCGAAGCAGCUUACGCCGAGUGCAACGGCGUCAUGGACCAAACUGAAAUGACGUGGCCGUCAGAACUAGACUGUGUGAGUUUCCCAACGGAAAAGUGUUACAUCAUCAAUGGUAAUGGUCGUCUGCAGUUCGUGGAACAGUCUUUACACGCUCAGUCAAUUCCACGGCACCAGUACAGCGUGCGUCCACCCAGCCUGGCACCAAUAGAGUCGGAACUUGGUGACAGCGACCAGUAUAACAUCGAGGUCGUGUCCUUGACAACCAGUGAUAUUCCGCAGAGACGAUAUGACGUCAUCGAUCUGGGCGAUCCCGAGUUUUUUCAAGGAUGGGCUGAUGUACAAGGAACUGGUGCGGCAAACGACUAUUGCAGGGUAAUCGGACGAGGCAAGAGAAAGUUCCUGGCAUGCGCGUUAGCUGGUUCCGUUGGCCAGGAACAUCGAUAUGUAUCAAAACUAGGCUUCAAACCUGGUCACAGUCACACCUGGUUCAUGCGAGAUGUCGACAGUGACGGCCGAGAUGACUAUUGCAGGUGUGUUGGAAAACCCGAGGAGUCGAAGAUCUACUGCAUGAAGUCAGGGGAGAGAGGCUUUUACGGAAGUUCCACCCAGGGUGGAAGUCAGUUUACGUUUGAACUUCCGGGCUCCAAUGGGUGUCACAACAGACGUUUAAAUCCGUAUCACGGAGCUUAAAAUUGACAGAGACAAAA